GUGUGUCCUUCAGGAUGGAGCCUUGGGGUUGAGGAAUGGUGAAACUGACGAGGGAGACGGUGGGCCUCUUCAGAGGGAACAAAUUUCACCCUCACAGUGCAACAACGGACCGUCGAUCAAUAACAACGCAGUGAGUAUGCACGGCAGCUCGUUUUCAGAGAGUCCUAUUAAAAGAGAGACACCCUGUCAGAGUCCAGACAUCAGCCGCAGAGAUGGUCUCAACUUCUGCUCGUCACCCGAUACAGACAACACACCUGAAGCUGACUCCAGCACCCAGUGCAUUGUGGGUAACCCUCCCUACCUCCUGAACCCUCAGAUCAUUGGAGCAGAAGACGACUACUUUGACUCCCAGCAGGAGCAGAUUAAUGGACUGUGCAGCUGUUUCCAGAGUAUCGACUUACUGAAGUCUCGGCCGGCUCACCUGGCUGUCUUCCUCCAUCAUGUGGUCUCACAGUUUGACCCUGCACCACUGCUGUGUUUUCUCUAUGCUGACAUGCACAAGCAAACCAGCUCCAAAGAAAGUCGACGCUUCUUCAUGGAGUUCCAUUCGCUCUUCAUGGAUAGAACUGCUAAUCUUAAAGUCCCAGUACCAGAGGCAGUAGCAGGUGAACUGGGUAAGAAACAGAAAGAGAAGCGGAGGCUGGAGUUAAUCCCGGAGGAGUUGUGUAAACAAUACACUCAGGCACUACAGGAUACACUGUUACCAGACCUGCACAGGAACCUGGAAGACUUCAGACAGAAGCGCAGCAUGGGUCUGACGCUGGCCGAGGACGAGCUGUCCAAGCUGGACUCGGACCGAGGCAAAGACCAACAGGCCUCGGAAAAGGAAUGUUCCUGUGCCGAACACAUCCUCACCAAGAUAGAGGACAUCCUGAUGACAUCGCAGCCCUCAGAGGAGGAGAAGUGCCAAACAAUGCAGUAUGUAACUCUCACCUAUAUGAAGCACCUCGGGGUGAAAGUGAAGGAACCUCGUGGCCUCGAACACAAACGUGCGCGCAUCAAUUUCCUGCCCAAGAUUAAGAAAAGUGUCAAGCCUGAGAAGGAGGGUGAGGAGAAGGCGAAAAAGCCUCGAUUUCCCAACAUCCUGGGCCCGCCUCGGCGUCUGAGCAGAGUGGACUCCACUUCAGUCGGGAAAGCCAUGGAGCUGAACAAGCAGCGUUCACCAAAGCUCACUCAGCCGGCCUUCGGCAUCCCCGAAGUGUCUGACUCUUCUGCCUCGAGUUCUGGACGGAUCCGAGCAAACCAACUCAGCGAGGGAUCAGACACCAGCACCCAGUCUCUGCCUUCCACCACCUCCCCCACUCACAGCUCCCCCGGCGGUCUGAUGUCUGACACCAGCGGGCAAGAAUCAGACUCCAAUGUCUCUCCGUUCUGCAUCCAGCCCAGACUGACCGACGGCCUGCAGUCAGGCAAUCACCAGGACGGCGCCUUCACUCCGACCAGCACACAGUUUGACUUUAGUCCCUCCAAUCUGGAGCAGCGAGAAGAAGAUCAGGAGGCCUUCAGUAAUCUUUUUAACAGCGUCUCUGUGUGUUCGGCCGGGAGCAGGAUGGAGGUACAGUGUGCGGUGAGUUCACCCGACAUCCAGAGCGAAGACGACCAGGGUGGAGAGGUGGAGUGUGAGGAAGACCCUCUGAACUGGCAGCGGCUGGUCAGUCAAGACGUCCUGGCCAAACUGAUGCCGCAAGAGAUCAAACGGCAGGAAGUCAUCAACGAGCUGUUCUACACUGAGCGCGCUCACCUGCGCAGGCUGAAGGUGAUCGACUGUGUUUUCUACCAGCGACUGAACAGAGACGGCAUCCUUCCGCCAGAAGACAUCAAGCACAUGUUCAUCAACCUGGAGGAGAUCAUUCAGCUGCAUGUUUCUGUCACAGAACAAAUGACCGUGAUCAGGAAGAGGAGCGAGACAUCAGUGAUUGGUGAGAUCGGAGAUGAUCUCUUGGCCUGGUUCAGCGGGGAGGAAGAGGACAAGAUCAUAAGAGCUGUGGGAACUUUCUGCAGCAACCAGCCGUCUGCUCUUGAGCUUAUCAAGACCAGGAAGAAGAAGGACCAAAGGUUCAAUCUGUUCAUGCAGGAAGCUGAGAGCAACCGUUUGUGUCGCAGGCUGCAGCUUAAAGACAUAAUUCCUGCAGAAAUACAGAGAAUGACCAAAUACCCGCUUCUGCUGGACAGCAUUGCUAAAUAUACAGAGGAUGCUGAAGAAAGUGAAAAGGUGAAGAAAGCUGCAGAGUGUUGUAAAAAGAUCCUGAACCACGUCAACCAGGCAGUCAAAGAGGCUGAAAACAAACAGAGGCUUGAGGAGUAUCAGCGAAGGUUGGACCUCUCAUCUCUCAAACAGAGUGAAAACCCUCUGAUCCUGGAGCUGAAGAAUUUAGACCUGACCAAGAGGAAGAUGGUUCACGAGGGACCUCUCUCCUGGAAGGUCAACAAGGACAAGACAAUUGAGCUGUACACAAUCCUCCUGGAGGACAUCAUGGUUUUGCUGCAGAAGCAGGAUGAGCGCCUGCUGCUCAAGUUUCAUGGUAAGAACGUUGCCAGCGUCACCGACACCAAGAACAUCUUCAGCCCCAUCAUCAAACUCAACACAGUGCUGGUUCGCCCCGUCGCUACCGACAACAAGUCUUUCUUCGUCCUGUCCAUGUCGGAUAACGGAGCUCAGAUCUACGAGCUGAUGGCUCAGACGGUGUCCGAUCAGAGAACGUGGCAGUGUCUGAUCACGCAGUGUGCCGAUGCCAUGAAAGCCAAACCUCACAACAGCGACACGCCUCCAGCUCAGUCUGAGGUUGAGCGAGACACUAUUGAGAUCAUCCACAGUGAGAUGCCCAAACCGAGCAAAGAGCCAAACGGGACGUCGGGUCGAAGCAUCCACUCUUCAGACAUUCAAGCUCCGGCAACGAGCCUCAACCCCUUCGACGGCUUGAAAUCAGAAGACGAGGAAGAGGGGCUGGCCACCGCAGGCAGGCAGGAGGUAGAUGAGGAGGAUGUAGAGGUGGACGAAGCAGAGCUGGAGGCGUUCCUGGACGGGCAGCUGGCAGACAGACUUCUGCAGGAAGGAUCCCGUCAGGGCAUCGCCAUUGAAAACGAUGAGCUCAAUCCAUUCAGCCUUCCCUCCUCCAAAGCCGAAGACGCUCUAAGGACACUGUCGAUGCUGAAGCAGGCUCUGUUUACUCACAUGCUGAGCAGAGAAGCCGAGGAGGUGAAGGAAGAGUCAGAGGAGAACAAGCCGAGUGGGAGUCAGCUGAGUGCCUGUUUGCCUGUAGGCCCCGAGGAAAGUUCUGCUGCAUGUGACGAGAGCCGCACGUCUGAGGGUUUCCAGAAAGACAACCUACCAGACACAGCUGAACGGAACAGUAAUGGUGGUUUCAUGGUUCUGGAUUUCGGUGUCGGCUCUGAAGAGAGCAGCACUGAUGACGAUGUCGGAGGCGACGUGGGGAUUGACAUGAGGAAGCUGCUGUCCUCAUCCUCGCAGACCGGAGGCGGCGGACCAGACCUCAGCCGGCAGCUGAUGACCCACCUGCGCCUCCUUCAGGCUGACCUGCAGUAUCUGAAGGACGUUGAGGUUAAGUACAAUGAACUGCGACAAGUGCACAGUGACGCAGCUACUGACUCCGAUGAUAACAACGAUGGGAUUCAGUGAUGACAGACUUCCUGCUCUCUUGGUUGUACGAGCCAAGUUCCACAUUACUGCACAAUCACCUUCUCCUGGCUCCAUCCUUCACUGUUUAACUCCGGCGUCGCUCAGUAAUGGAGGCUUAGUGUCUGAUCUCAGGAUUGUUCCACUAUAAACUCCUUCAACCAGCAGGAGCUGAAAAAAGAACAAUCAUACAAUUACCCAUGGACCUUUUUGUUUUGCUAUGAUAAUAAUCAACUACAUACAUUUUCUGAAACACUGGAUAUAUAAAAUGGAAAAAGGGCAAGUGUUUGAAGUCACACAGAUGUAAGGCAGGGAAGUGUUAAGACAUUUGACCAGUACAAGAGGGUGAUUGUCUUGUUGAGCACUUGAUGUAAAAAAAAAAAAAAAAAAAAAUUGUACAUCUAUGUAUGCUUCAAGAUAGAACAGAAAUAAAAGUGCUGGUUGUCAA